AUGAAUGCUACUUUUGACAAUGAAGAUGGUAGUACUGCUAUUGAUUUUAGUUCUGAGGAGACAAAUUAUGGUUUUACUUCUGAGGAGACUGAUUAUGGUUUUACUUCUGACAGUGAUCCAAUGGAAACAGAAACUGAUAUUAAGUCUCAUAAUGAAUCUGAUUUGGCCCAAGAGUUGAAAAUAUGCUUUAUAAACCACAAUGUUUCUCAUGCAUUCAUCAAUGAUAUGCUUCAAAUAUUGGGAAAACAUCACCAACUACCAAAAGAUGCAAGAACUUUAUUAGCCACACCAAGUAGCAUUGGUACUAAAAAUUUGAAUAAUGGUGAAUAUGUGCAUUUUGGCAUUCGCCCUGGUUUAGAAAACUAUCUUAUUGUGGAGUUUGUCCAAGAGAAAACUGUAACAACAGUCCCGUCUUCAUGGGUGAGAAACAACAUGUGUGCGUGGCCCCCGUUUAAAGGUCUGAAAAAAAUAUCGGACCUAGUAAAAGCGGGAGCUGGUCCCGAGCAUUUCUGGGAAAGACUUAAAGUUAGAGUCAUGAAAGGUGUUGAAACGUAUGAGGAAGCCCUAUAUUGGGAGGAAACGGCUUGCUAUAAGUCAGACAUGGGCACAGAAGUGGAGGAGGAGGCCAUUCCUCCCCAAAUGAAGAGGAGGAAUAAAAAUAAGGAGAUUGAAAUGCUGAGCUCCUCCUCAGGAGAUGAGAGCAUGCUCUCGGACUUCCCGGAUUUCCCCAAAAAAAACCUACAACAAACUUCAACGCCUGCUGCAUCGACAAGACCCAGCACGUCGUUUGUCUCAUCGCCGAAUCUAAACGAAGAGAAGAACCGAAUGAGUGGAAUUUUUAUGAAAAAAGUGAUGCGAUUGCUGGAAUCGAUGCAGCAGGACAUUAAGGAAAUUAAAGAGGCUAUGAAAACCCCGAGUGGACCAUUGCCAAGUCUGCCUGUAAGUUGCCCAUCAUUGCCUUGCCAAGAACCUGAGAACCUAGCUGAGCUAGAAACGGUCCUUCAAGAUGAAGCCCUCUUUCACGAAAUAUGCAAUUUUCUGAGUUGUAUAGGAGGCUCAUCUGUGAAGGAUACGACUAGACGUAUUCUAAGUAAGCUCAUCUCCUCUCACCUUGCCCUGAAGUACAAUUGGAAAGGAACAAGAGGGGUAAAGCUUGGAUUUUCCUCUUUUGAGCAAACCAACAAGCUAAUAUUUGGUGCUGUUCGAAACAACUUGGCCUGCUCUAUGGCAACAGAGGUGGAGGUCCAGACUGUAAUCAAGAGAUGGUUAAUGUACGCAAAAGAUAGGGAUGGGGGCAGGAGUGCAAGGGGCGGGAAAUAA